GUUGUAGACAUAUAGUAUGGUAUUUUACCAGUCCAAUUUGCUACCUGCAAACAAAUAUGGGAGGAGCUCACAUGUUAGCCUUAGCAACGCUAUGCAAUUCGUGGUGUGACUUGAAAAGGGCUGAAACUUCAAAGCGAAACUCUCUCUGUCGUCUUCUCUACCUCAGAUUUUCUACCUAGUAAGAAUUUUGCUCAUGAAUUAAGAUGUCUUCGAAAGUAUCUACCCCUCGUUUGAUCAGCAAAGUUGGAACAAGAAUAUUAACGUGUGAACCUACUGAGCUCUAUAAUAUCCUCCAACAGGCUACUGUCUUUCCUGCGCUAAGUGAUCCAAACUACCUUUUACUAUUAGAUGCCAGACAGACAAAUGAAUAUAAUGAAAGUCACAUCUUAACAUCCAAAAGAGCACCAAGGACUGCAGAAGACAAAUUUCUGGUUCCGUAUGGUGCAGAAAUUGAAUGCAAAAUGCAUGUGAUCGUCCUUGAUAAUAAUACUACAAGUCUUUCAAAAAGAGAAAGUCCAGCCUUUAAGUGUGCCAAGGUGAUGGCAGAGGCAGGAAGUAGAAACCCAGUUCGGAUUCUAAGAGGAGGUUAUGAGGAAUUCUCUGCACUCUAUCCCUUCCUCAGAACACAGAAGAUAUUAUACAUGCCACAAGAGAUGGAUGAACUUCGACCUUACCCUGUUGAAGUACUUCCAGGUCAUCUGUACCUUGGUAAUUAUCAGCAAGCAUGCAGUCCUGGGGUGAAGAAAGAUCUGAAGAUCAAAGGAGUGUUGCACAUCUCACAGGAUGCUGAGGAGUUGCAAGAGGGGCUUGUUGGAGUUGAACUAAUGCACUGUCCUCUGCCAGAUGGAAAUGAAGCAGACAUGUUAUCACAGUUAUCACAAGCUUGUCAGUUCAUAGGAAAGCAUGUAACAGAGAAAAAUGCAAUUCUUGUAAGUAGUGAGCAUGGGAUAAGUCGGAGUGCCGCAGCGAUCCUAGCCUACCUUAUGUAUCAUUACAAGUGGACUUUACAGAAAGCAUACAAGCAUCUGCAGACCUGCAAGAGCAACAUCAGACCGCAUCGAGAUUUCAUUUCCCAGCUCUCAAAGUGGGAGGAACAGAUAUUUGAAGAAGGCGUACAGACAGAUAUAUCAGACCCAUACUACUGAAAGCAAUGACAAUACUUUGUUAUAGUUCUCAGGCAGCCAAUUCAAUACAAUUUUUUGUUGAACUAUGCAAUAUAUUAAGAAUAAAGAUCAAAGCAUGAGCUUGUGUUUUUUCAUGAAGUCUUUGUGCUUGUUUAUAAAGUAUAAAGGUGUGUGAGAAAUUAUCAUUACAUCAGUACUGCCGUAUCUCUAUGCAACCUUUACUGCUAAUUCGAGUGAGAAUUAUGAUCGAUUUAGAGCAAUCUAAACUUGGGAUUGACUUAAUUGUAAUCAGUCUUACAAUUAAUCUGAAGUUGUGAUUGAUUCUAAUCCAUUAUAACUCUUUAUGACAUGGCCUAAAAGCAUUUCAUCAAUGUAGUGCUGGAAUUGGAAAGUAAUUGCUUAUUUUUAACAAAAGAUCUGGGGGGUGUUUCACAUAGAUUUAAGUAUGACUUGGAGUCGCACUUAAAUACCAAGUUGUGGGCGGUAUGAAAGGCUUGACCACAAUGGUCAGAUCGUGUCAUGAGGACGCACACUACUGCGUAUCCAUCAAUAAGAUGAGUGCGUUGCAUUUUAAGUACACUUCUGCAUUGAAAUGUGACGUGUGACUUCGUGAAGCACCCCCUGGAACAUUUUCUAUUUACAGAAUCUGCUGUACCGUUUGUGUCAAAUUUGUCUAUUGUAAUAUACUUCUCUGGUUUGGAAUUAAAUGUGAUCAAAAAGAUUGUCCAUCGUCAGAAAUUUAUUAGUCGCAACUUUACAAAAUGCAAAACGAUUGUGUUCUUAUACCUUGGUCCACCGAAUAAUUGCUGGAGGUAUUAUUGAUUUUACAGGUUAUUUUGAAAGAAUGAUCAAAAUAUAUGCAAACUAUUGCCUUGUUCAUUUUUGUGUGAUUUAAGAUGUUUCUAUCUUGUAUUAUCAUCUACAUGUACUUUCUUUGAUUAUGCAAGAAUUUAAUGAAGGUAUUAAGCGAAAUGAAGAUCAAGGAAUGCUAAUCAUUCAUAUUGAACAUUACACAGCUUUCAACAAAGGAUUUCAUGACCAUUGUACUUAUGCAUUACGAACAAAUCAACUUUGUUAUGAAAUGUUCAAAGAACUAUUUUCUCCACUUGGCAAUAUUUAUUUUAAUAUUUUCACAUCCCUGCAAUGAAUAUUUAUUUGUAUUCUAAAUAAAUGAUUGGUCAGUUCCAGGUGCUCAUGUAAUGAAAUAUAUUUUCCCCCACUGUAUUUUCCGGGGGAAAAUUUGGAGCUCAAUGAUGUAUUGAGCAUGAGCAUGCUUUUCUCCCCCAGCAAAAAUAUUGAAAACUAUACGGAGCCACUGCUGAAUCCCGGGCAUGGUGAACAGCUGGUUGUAUCUAUUAGGAAACCCUUUCAGAAUGGGGUGUACAGACAACUAGGACAAGAUCAAAAGCUCAAAAUUUACCAUUCAAAAAUAUUUAAUUUAAUGUAAAUAAGUUUCAAUCUUAACUUGCCUAUAUGUAAUAUAACUUUGUACAAAUGCACCACAUUAAGAUAAUCUAAUCGACUUGUUCUUUAAAAUGAGCAGUUUAGCAUGUCCUUUUUUCUGUAAUAUUCACAUCACUUCUAGCAGUUCUGCAUUAAAUAGCUAAUUAUGUACUUUUUUUAAACAAUGGUUUAACUUGCCUCUAUUUUCUGUGUUUUAAACAACCUGGGCAGAAAGUAAGUGCGGUUUUACUCUUGAAUUUAACAUUUUUCACGUAAUUUCUUAAUAACAUACUGGUAUUUCAUAUAGAAAAAAAAUAUUGUACUCCUAGAUACUAUAGAUUUUGACUAUUGUAGAUCUAAAAAGGAGUACAAUAUGCAUAACCUUAGAUACCAUUGAUAUUAUAUCACUAUUGACAUUAUGAGUAUACCAGUAGUCAUUUUAUAAGCAACAGUCUGUAUCAUUCUGGGGAGCUGCAAAACGAAUGUAUGAACAUUCCAAUGUUUACAAUGUGUGAGCAUUACAUGAUCAUGUAGAAUCAAAUUAGACUAUUAUUUGAAAUAAAACCCAAAAGCAGAGCUGCCAAGUAUUACGGAUUUUCAGCAUUUAGUACUGAAAAAUGAGAAUACUACUGAUGGUUUCAGGCAAAGCACUGAUUUCUUAAGUUUCAGUUUUUACCGGUAUGUAUUUGUCCUAUGGUAUUUCUUUAAAAAUACUGAUUUCCUCAGCAAAAUACUGAUUUUCAGCUUUUUUUAAUACCGGUACUGAAAUGUUUUUGUUCAGGCUGGCAGCUCUGCAAGUAUGAAAAUUUAGUGGAGUCAGAAUUGUGACCUGAAUGCCUUGAUUUCUCUAUUAAGACCAAGGGUAAGGAUGUAGAAGGGAUUUUAAAUAAAUGAGGAUAAGGAUUUUCAUAAGGGUUUGGUUAGAGGAAAGUUGCAUUUCACUUGAUACAGGAAUAUUGUACAUACAGUCCCAACACUCAAAGAAGGCUUACUUGCUGACAAUAUUGUGAUGGUCUAUUUUGAAUAUUUUCUGCACAAUAACAAAGGUUGUCUAUCCUUACAAUUAUUCAUGUACAAUCAAGUUAUCUUCAAAUCUUCUACAUGAAAAAUCAACCAACGAUUUUAUCAUUGAUGUGAUUGACGAUUGAUGUGAACAAAUAACAAUAUGCAAUAUACUUCCAUUUCUGUAUUCUUCUCUAUUUAUUAAUAAGCAUUGAUGAAUAAAUUUCACUUAUUUUGUA